AUGCCUACAAGCAUUACUACCCGGCAAUGGUACCCAAAGGUGUACGCGGACGAGUACACCAAUACCCAACUCGACAUUGCAACCGAUGCUAUUAUCCCUGGUCAGAUAAGCACUAUUGCUAUCGACUGGAUGAUACAGGCCGAAGAGAACGGAGACUUUGACAUCAUGCUUAUUCAAGACUUCCAAGAGACAUUUGCAGGAUGGUCUCUCAAUCAUUUCAAUGCAAUGGACAUGCGAGUCCGUACAGCAGUCAAGAACAUACUCCGCGACCGAGGUGUCUACAUCGAGAAGAACAGCCGCAACACCAUCGCACAACAGCUAGUCAAUCUCCUUAGCCUUACACGCUCUCCCGACUGGCCCAUUGACGAGCUCAACGUUAUGCGACUCAACCCAGACUUCAAAUGCCGACAGAUAGCAGAAGAGGCACAACACGCUAGAACAACUCAACAAAGCAGCAACCCGCCAACUCAAAGCGCCAGUAUAAACUAUGCGCCAUCUCCUGCUCAGGCAAACGUAACAGCCCUCACCAACCUCGCAAAGGUAUACAGUGAGGAGGAGAAGUUCAGUGGCGACAAGUAUGACGUCCUCGACAACAAGAUAGUCAUCUUUAAAGACCAUUGCGAAAAGGUUGGCAUUACGACACCAGCACAGUACAAACUUGCAGUCUCUACUAUGCUUAGAGGCAAGGCCUCAGCAUACUACUACAACUACAUUGCUCCACUCAACCUAGACUACGACAGCAUUAUCAAGAAACUAGGGGAGUACUUUCACACGAGCGAGAACUACCAAAUGUUCUUAAGUGAGUGGCGCACCAUUAUGCUGAAAGACGUCAUCGCCAACAACCCCGACAAGACACUCACCCAGUGUCUCGACAUAGUCAUCGACAAGCUCCAGCUGCUGCACCAGGCAAUGACUCAACAGAAUGGACCAAGCGAGCUCGCUCUUACAAGCCAACUUAUUGCUGCCUGUCAAGGCGUCGAAGCAUGUAGCGCAGUCCUUAUCCGCCCAGCUUCAACCUUUGAAGCCGUUGCCUCAGAACUCCGCAACGCUGUCGGCAACUGGACGCGCUGCCAUCCGCGCUCACAGUUCAACUGCGAGGAGUCCGAUCCGAGCGAAGACGCGUUCUACACAAACCGCCGAUACAACCGCAACGAUAGCGGACAACGCGACAAACCGCGCAACUAUAGCGCACAGGCCAAGGCGAAGGAUCCCGCAACUACAACCGCGGAGGAUCCCGCCUUCCAACGCAGCUUACCCCCGAUCGCAGUACAACGAUGA